CCAGAGGGCGUAAUCAUACUCUUACAGGAAGAGAGAGUAGCAUGUGUUUUGUUUACAAAGAUGAGCUGUGUGACGAAGCCUAUCGAGCGAUACAUCACCGGUCGUCUGCUAUAAAUCUUGACGGAUAAAGAAGUAGACACACAUGCACGCCAAUGAACGUUCCCUGAAACAGUAAACAUGUUUUGUGGGAAACUAUUGAACGAUUUGCCAAGGUGGAUUGUCAUUGCAUUAUGGUUAGGUGCAAACAUCGGGAUAUUUGUAGAGGCGUAUUUGAGAUUUGAGACCUCAAUUGAUUACUUCUAUACCAGGAGAAUACUUGGGCCUGCCCUGGCCUGGGCCCGAGGAAGUGCUGCUGCCCUCAACCUCAACUGUAUGCUAAUCCUGUUGCCUGUGUGUAGAAACUUCAUAUCUUUCCUCAGGAGUUCCUUCAGGAGAUAUGGAAAGUUCAAAUAUUUCCCAAUCAUUUUCUGUAUAACUAGGUCUCUGAGUUUAGAGCAACUUGAUGAAGCAUGUCAGCAGCUUGUGAUGGUGGUAACAUUAUAA